AUGGCCGGCCCCGGCCCCGGCCCCCUGACCGACCUCCUUGCCCGCGCCCUGCCCGCGGGCCCAUCCUCGAUCGACGACUCGCUGCCUGUCUGCCGGCGCCGCUGCGCGGUAGUGGCGCUCAGCCUGCACUGCAUGAUGGUGUGGUCAGGAUUCAGGAGGGCGGGAAAGGAGGAGCCCGGCGGCCCGCUGGGGUGGAUGGCAGCGCUUGCGGGAAGGCGGAGGCGCUACGCACCGCCAGAGCGGUGGCUCGAGAUGGCGGCGUCCACGCCUGAGUGGUACUUCAGGUACACCCACCCCAAUCUGCCAGGCCUGUUCCUGCUGGGCUGUUCAGUGCAGGAGUCCACGAUGCGGAUGAUCGUGCACGUGCGAGAGCAGGGGUGGCGGGACUUCAAUGCUGGCGUGAUGUUGGGCCUGGACGUGGGGCACUAUGCCGUGGCUGAGGAGAAAUUCGAAGAGGCUGCCAAGAAGGGGUGGGAGGGACUGGUGACGAGCCAAAACAGGAUCUGGGACAAUUUCUACAGCUACAUUUCAGAACCUCUCAUCCGGAAGGCUAGUCAAUCGGAUGAAGGCAAUGGCAUCGAUGGCAGCCCUGGCCGCUUCCGUCAGGCCGUCACCUUUAUCGCCAAGAUCUCUGUGGUUGCGCUGGUUGCAGCAGGCGCCGCGACCGUUGUGAGAGGCACCAGGCGAUAG